AUGACUUGGGUAGACUCGCUACCCAGUGCUCUGGGACCCAUUGUUUCUCCAGAUCUGAAGCCUCUUCAAUUACUAGCAAUACCGCAUACGUCUCUAUUGAUAAUAUUGACAGAUUCGACAGUUUUCAUCUAUGACAUAAAUUCAUUGAUAUUCCUUUCUAAGCAUUUACGAACUGAAGAUUCUUUAGAGAAGCAUGGACUAAAUAAACUGGUCAAAAUUAGGCACUUGGGGAUCAACUCCGCCCAAUUACAAAAGCUUACGACGUUAAAUCUCUUUGUGGAGACCGAAUCAAAUUACUUGAUUAUCUACCAAGUUUCAAUAGAUUACUCGAAAUCCUUAUACGAAUUGUCCAGCAGAGAUACAAAUGAAGUGAUUCAAUCAGGGCUUCCAUUGAGCUUGAACUCUUCGAAGUUUUCUCUCUCAUCGUUGAUGAAAUCAGCAACCCUCUCGAUCUUACUGGGUUCAUCCGCCGCCACGCUCAACUUAGAAAACAUAGAACAUUUCAACAAUAGACCAAUCGAGGACGAGUUGGGGGGCUCGGAGAUUCACCCUGUUAAAAUCUCGGUUUUCAAAAUUGUCAAAAUAGGGCUUGGUAUAUCAAAUUUUUGGCUCGUUCCAAAUUUGCAUCACCUAGUGGUUUAUAAUGAUAAAAACGAACGUGAGGCCGAUUCUGUGGGGGCCUACUUCCAAAUAGUUGAUUUGAAGUCCUUCAAGAGCAACAUGUUUGAGUUGUCAGACUUUGAAUGGUAUCAAGGAGGAUCUGCCAUAAAGUACCUUGCAUUCAACAAAUUCGACAAUUACUUUUUGUUUCUCAACGCUGACAACGAAGUAUGGUUCAUGCAACUUGACUUUCAGGAGGAAAAAACGCUUGUCUCUGCAGAAAAGGUUAUGAGUUUAAAGGUGGAAAGCAUUCGAUGUCAGUUCAAUCCCCAAUGCGAUUUGGUUCUCAUAAAGCAGGAACUGGUAGUGGACAUCUAUAAACUUUCACCAAUCGAGAAAAAACUCGUGAAACUUCACUCGGUUGCUUUGGAUGGCUCCAACUCAUCGGUGGCAUGGUCACCGUGUGGCACAUUCUUUUUCGUUCUUGAUCAUGAUACCAACUUUUGGUCUCUCGUAUCCAAGUUCGGUAAUCGUCUUUUUGAAUCAUCGCAUGUUGCCAACGAACUCAAUGAUCCUAAAAAAGAAUCCGCUGACUUUUUAAAGGCAUCCAAGAUUAUAGUUACUCCCAAUGCUUCCCGAGUAGUAUUGAUCAACAGCGACUCCGCAAAACUUUAUUCCAUUGAUUUGUUAAGACAGCCUGACCUACAAUCUGAGCUUUUCUAUAAUCAGAAUUAUAUCUCCUAUUUGGACCCAAAUGGAGCUCUUUACAAGAUCCCAAUUCUUGCCAAAUUUAAAAACAUCAUCAGCCUAAUGGAGCAUAUCAACAUUCACACGCAGAAUCAUACAUCGACUUCUGGUCAUCUUACAAUCAGUCGCAAUGACAUUAACCAAUUUUCCCUUGCUUAUGGUGAGCAUUUGUCCAUUUCAACUCCAUGCGGAAAAGAUCGUGACAAGAAUCACAUAAUAUGGUUCAAUUUCAAAAAUCACUUUCUUGCGACAAUGAAUAUCGUCGGCCAUUUUUGGUUUAGCGAUUUUCUUGUGGUUAUCAACAGGUUCAAUAAUGAUGGUUCCGAAAUAGACGAAAUCAUUGUUAUGGACACAAUCAUGUCCAAAUAUGGCCAAGGUGGCUUGGAAUAUGUAUUUGAUUCGGACAGAAUAGUGUGGAAAAGGUCCUUCAAUAAUCGAAUCAUCGCUCACGACCUCAGUAACUCUGGCAAUGCGGGCAAAAUGUUAACUUGUGUUACUAGUGAUCUGAAAAUUUUAGUCAUUGAAUUCUCCAAGAACAAACCGAAAGCAGAGAACAACUUCAGGGAAAUGACCAAGCACCCCAAAUUACAUAUGCGGUUUCAUAAAACAGUACAUCUUUCCGCGAUUGAAAGCAAGCUAGCGGUCUCAAAAGUCGUCCAAGUGAGUAUGAUUUACGACCAGCAUUUCCUUUUCUUGCUUGGCUCGGGCGAGCUUUACAUGCUAAGAAGUGUUUCAACAGUUGAGCAGCCUACGGAUCCAUCUCCCAUUGAUGUUUUGCGUCCAGCUCACAUGUAUGAACUUGUUCAAGUUCAUGAUACCAUUUCCUUUUUCAAGUUUAAGACGCUAGGCUUCGGUCAAGAUGCUGUGAAAUAUGUCACUAUGUUGAACUGUAGUCAUGUGUUCAUCUAUGACCUCAAGCGACUUGUUGAUUCUGGAAUAGGUGAUGUUGAUUUGGGUGUUGAACUGGACAUUGCAAAUGGUCCUGGAUCCAUGGCACCUGAAGCUAUUCGCUUGAAAGCAGAUUCUUUCAUGCCGAUAACGAUUGAGGAGGUAAUUAAUGAUAAACUUGACGGUCUCAAAUCCAUAGACUUGAUUGGUUUGCGAACAGACUUGUUUUCUCGGCAGAGCCACCUCUUCCUUCAAACGAGAACUAAUCGCCAGCUUGUUCUCAAUGAUUUUAUCGAAAAGGAAGUUGUUCAGCAUCAGCUGACAGCUCUUAUCUGCAAGAUGUUUCAGCAAUACGAGAACUUUGAUUACUGUUUGGAGCUCUUGCUAUUCAAGUACCUAACGUUUGACCAAAACGAGGAGUUUUUGAGAAGGGUUGUUGCAGUAAUCGAAACUUUGGACGAUUCAGAGUCGAUCUACGUCAAUUGUUUGAGAAAGAUAGAGGUUGAAUAUUGGGAUUUGUUCUUCAAAACACUCGACACAACCCCCAUUAUUUUCAUGAAGAGGCUCAUAGCAAACGACAAUGUUGAGCUAUGCUAUAAUUACUUGAACGUCUAUUUGAACUACAAACGAGAGGAAGACGAAGUCAAUGCCGCGACUCACAAGCUAGAUGCAAACGACAAGGAAAUUAUCUUAAAAAUCAUCAAAGUACUCUCCGACGCAAACAAAUGGGACUGGUGCUUCGAGCUCUGUCGGUUUAUCAAGCUUUUGGAACCAAAAGGUACUUUACUUCAAACUAUCUUGAAGACACUAAAGUAG